AUGUAUGCAGCAGAUAAUGUAAUUAUAGAAGACAAUAUCAAUGAAGAAAGAGAUGCUGAAGAAAGAGAUGAAGAUGUUGCUAUAAUAGAUUAUUUCAAAUAUGACAAGGAUGAAAACAUAAGUAGAUGUUUAGUAGGUUAUACUGUGUUGGACUACAAUGAUGGAUUUUUUUUAUACAAAGCUCAUUCAAGAUCACUUGGUUUCAGUGUCAGAAAAUCAACAAAAAGAAGAGAUACCAAUGAUAAACUAUAUGAGUUUUAUUUUAGAUGCUCUAAAGAAGGACAUACAAAGGGUAAAAUGAAGAUAGUUGGUGACCAACAAUCAGUAGAAAUACCCAUAUUAGUUAAAACUGAUGAAAGAAAGAGAAAAGAAUGGGAGGUAAAUGAAACAAGAACUGGAUGCAAAGCUCAUAUUCGUUUUAAGAAAAAUACAGAAGAUAGAUUUGUUGUUCUUACACAUGAGUUGGAACAUAAUCAUGAACUGGUAAUAACAGUUCAAAGACAUCACUUAAGAUCAGAAAGGCAAAUAUCAGCUCCAAUGGGUGAGCUAAUUGAGAGCAUGAUUGAGAGUGGUAUCAAACCAAUGGAUGCUUAUAAUUAUAUAAGAAAUGAAGCUGGAGGAGAAGAAUGUGUAGGUCAUACUAAGAGAGAUCACCUUAAUUAUGUAUCAAGGGUGAAAAUGAGUAUGGUUGAAGGUGGAGACAUGCAAAAUGUAUUAGACACCCUUCAAGAAAGAGCAGAUCAAGACCCCUCAUUCUUUUAUAGAUUGAAAUUUGGAGAAGAAAAUAAUGUUGUGAGCUAUUUUGGCGUGACUCCCAAAUGCUUGAAGAUUUCAAAGCUUAUGGUGAUGUUUUAA